AGCAGGAUAUAAAGACGACAGUGCUGUCCGCAUCACUCAGCCUUUACUCUCCAAGACAGGCAGAUCUCUAAGCAACCUUCAACAAUGGCCUUCACGUCCUUCUCCAGACAGUCUUACAGUGGAGGUGGUGGUGGUGGCGGGCGCCAGUACUCCCACAGUGUCCAUGGUGGGGGCAGUGGUCUGAGGAUGUCUACAGCCUCUCGCACCUUCAGCUCUGGGGGUGGUGGAUUUAGCAUGGGUGGUGGUGGUGGUGGUGGAUUUGGCAUGGGAGGUGGUGGUGGAUUUGGCAUGGGUGGUGGUGGUGGAUUUGGAGAUGACAUGCAAAUCAAUGCCAAUGAGAAACAAACCAUGCAGAACCUAAAUGACCGUCUGGCCACCUACCUGGACAAAGUACGCAAGCUAGAGAAUGCCAAUGCUGAACUGGAGCUGAAGAUCCGCCAGUUCUUGGAGGGUAAAGCCUCUCCCACAGCACGAGACUACUCUGCAUUCUACGCUACCAUCGCUGAAUUGCAGGGCAAGAUCCAGGAGGCGAUAUGUGUCAACGGAGGCAUCUAUUUGCAAAUUGACAAUGCAAAGCUGGCUUCAGACGACUUCAAAACCAAAUAUGAGAACGAGCUUGCCAUGCGCCAGUCAGUGGAGGCAGACAUCGCUGGUCUGAAGAGGAUGCUGGAUGAACUGACCUUGUGCAGAUCUGACCUUGAAAUGCAGAUUGAGGGUUUGAAGGAAGAGCUGAUCUUCCUCAAGAAGAACCAUGAGGAGGAAAUGGCAGCCAUGAGGAGUCAAGUGGGUGGACAGGUUAAUGUGGAGGUGGACGCCAAGCCUCAGGCCGACCUUUCCGCCAUCAUGACUGAAAUGCGUGACCAGUACGAGGGCAUGGUUGCCAAGAACCAGAGAGACCUUGAAGCAUGGUUCAAUGCUAAAACUGAAGAACUAAACAAAGAAGUAGUAACAAGCCAGGAAACCUUAGUAACAUCCAAAUCAGAAAUCUCAGAACUUCGCCGCACGCUUCAAGGCCUGGAGAUUGAGCUUCAGUCACAAUGCAGCAUGAAAGCGGCUCUUGAGAGAACCUUAGCAGAGACAGAGUCGCGGUAUUCCAUGAAACUCCAGAGUAUGCAGAUGCAGGUGACGAGUCUGGAAGCUCAGCUCACCGAGCUGCGUGCUGACAUAGAGCGGCAGACCCAAGAGUACAACAUGCUGCUCGACAUCAAGACCAGGUUGGAGAUGGAAAUCGCAGAGUACAGACGGCUGCUGGAUGGAGAGGGAGGCGGUAGCUCUUCCUCUUCUUCUACUACAAAGACCACCACCAGGGUUAUUGUCGUCACAGAGGAAACUAAGGACGGCGAAGUGGUGUCUACAAGCACAACAACUAGAUAAAGCAGAACUCAGUACUAACAGGAAAAAAAAUAAAGUUUUAGUGCUGACUUA